UAAUCAAAUUAUAGCGGGAAUUUCAAACCUGAUGUUCGUAUUAAUAUUCAUUGUAAUUUCAAAAUAAGCAUGCUCCUUCAGGAUACUAUAAAUUGAACCUGUUCUAUGCUCUGCAAUACACAAGUUAUUCAGCUUAACGUUAAACUUUCAUGAAGACUCCAAGUAUUUUUUUCCUUUUUAUUUGCCUCUGUAGUUAUUUUUUCGUGUUCAUGAGCAGUUUCUUCUGAUGGACAUGAUGAUUUUCUUCAAUGUAUGUCCCUUCGAUCAGACAAUUACUCUUCCAUUUCCAAUAUUAUUUAUACCCCUAACAACUCUUCAUAUUUAGCCGUCCUAAACUUCUCCAUAAAAAACCUUCGGUUCACGUCAGACACAACGCCUAAGCCAUUAGUCAUUGUUACCCCUACGCAUGAAUCCCAGAUUCAGUCUGUUCUAUAUUGCGCCAGAGAAAAUGGCUUGCAAAUACGUGUUCGAAGUGGUGGUCAUGACUAUGAAGGACUUUCUUAUACAUCAGAAGUCCCUUUUGUCAUCCUUGAUCUUAUCAACCUACAGCAAAUAAGCGUUGAUGUUGAGGAAAAAACUGCAUGGGUUCAAGCUGGCUCAACAAUCGGCGAAUUGUACUAUAGAAUUGCAGAGAACAGUCAAACCCUAGGGUUUCCUGCUGGUGUUUGCCCUACUGUUGGAGUUGGCGGACACUUCAGUGGAGGAGGUUACGGACCAAUAUUAAGAAAAUAUGGGCUUGCAGCAGAUAAUAUAAUUGAUGCGCGCAUGGUUGAUGUCAAUGGAAGAAUUCUCGACAGAAAUUCCAUGGGCGAAGAUCUCUUCUGGGCCAUAAGAGGAGGUGGAGGUGCAAGUUUUGGAGUCAUUCUUGCUUGGAAGAUACAACUGGUGGAUGUUCCAGAAAGAGUCACUGUGUUUUCAGUUAACAAAACCUUGGAUCAAAAUGCAACAAAUAUAGUACACCGAUGGCAAUAUGUCGCGCACAAAUUAGACAAAGAUUUGCUCAUUAUGAUCCUUAUACGAAGGGUAAAUUCAAGCCAAGAUGGCGAGAGAACAAUACAGGCUACAUUUAACUCAUUGUUCCUUGGUGGUGUUGAUACAUUGCUUCCUUUGAUGCAACGAAGCUUCCCGGAACUAGGUUUGCUGAGAGAAGAUUGUACUGAAAUGAGUUGGAUAGAAUCAGUCCUAUAUUGGGCUGGGUUUCCCAUAGAAUCACGCGAUGUCUUGCUGAACAGGACUCAGCCAAAUGUACGAUACUUCAAAGCAAAAUCGGACUACGUUCAAAAACCUAUAUCUAAGAAUGGGCUUGAAGGAAUAUGGAAAUUGUUUUUUGAGGACGAAGCCGAGGAAGCUGAGAUGUUCUUAACUCCAUAUGGUGGAAGAAUGCAUGAAAUUUCAGAAUCUGCGAUUCCCUUCCCUCACAGAGCUGGUAAUUUGUACAAAAUUCAGCACUUGGUGUCCUGGGACGAAGAAGAGGUAGAAGCAUCAGAAAACUAUAUAAAUUGGAUUAGAAAGCUUUAUAGUUACAUGACUCCUUAUGUUUCAAGAUUUCCAAGGGCUGCAUAUCUCAACUACAGAGAUCUUGAUAUAGGAGUUAAUGACAAAGGUAAUACAAGCUAUGCAAAAGCCAGAAUUUGGGGCAUCAAAUAUUUCAAGAAUAAUUUUAAUAGGUUGGUUCGGGUGAAAACCAAGGUUGAUCCUUCUAAUUUCUUCUGGAAUGAACAAAGUAUUCCACUCCUCUACUCAGGGGCGGACCCAAAAUUAUUCUUCAAUGGGGAUGAGACAAAAAAUUGGCUAAAAUGAGUGAUGUUUGGCCCUAUCUCUACUCAUGGUGAAACAAGGGCGGAAAAUAAGAUUAUUGGGGAAAUUGAAUGUUUCAGUAUUUGUAUUCUUACUUGUGAAUUGAUUUUUAUUUUUGUCAUUACAAUACUAUAUAGUUGAUGUCAUUUGUGUCAAUAAAUAUUGUUUUUAACUUGAGUUUAUUAAUAAAGUACACCAUUUUUAAUAAA